AUGUUGAUCAGGUUAGAUGCCCUAGCUCUUUGCAGGAGUGUAGUCAGUGCACAGCUGCAACUCGUUUUGCUUCGCUUUGCCUGCAUGGUGUCGGCUCGGCAGCUGCUCCGCAUUUUAUCUUCCAAUCUCCAUAGCAUGGCUUUCUUUGUUCUGCCGCUCUUGGCCGCGGCCCCGCUGCUGGCGCAAGCAUCACAAGCCAAGCCGCAUGUGCUGUUCAUCCUCGCAGACGAUUAUGGCUGGGGCAACAUGGGCGUGCACCGUCGAGAUGCCGCUUCCACGCCCGAGGAGCAGCAGGGCAAGGUGGAGGUGCACACGCCGAACAUGGAUGCCCUGAUCGAUGAGGGCAUUCUGUUGGAGCGGCACUACACAUACAAGAUUUGCUCACCGACUCGAUCCUCCAUACAAUCUGGUCGUCUCGCAGUGCAUGUGAAUCCCGUCAACUCGGCAGUCACCUCUCGGAACUACAAUGACCCUGUGAGCGGAUAUGCCGGCAUCCCAAGAAAUAUGACAGGCAUUGCCGAGAAGAUGCGGGAUGGAGGCUACAGGACGCACAUUGUCGGAAAGUGGGACGCGGGCAUGGCAACUCCCGAACACUCACCGAAGGGCCGAGGUUACGAGACUUGGUACGGCUACUACCAGCAUGCCAAUGACUAUUGGCACAAGAGCACCGUGUUCCUGGCUACCGGCGAGAUCGAUGCCUGUCUAAACCGCAUGCGAGAUCUGUCAAUGCACAAUGAGACAUAUUCCGGUCCCGUGCGCGAUGCGAUCUCCUUGUCGGCGGCUUGCCAGGAGGACGAGGAGUCAGAUCCUGGUUGCUAUGAAGAGUACCUCUUCAAGCAGCGGGUGUUGCGGAUCAUACAGAAUCACGACACUUCCAAGCCGGAAAAUCCGCUGUUCCUCUUCUACUCCUUUCACCUGCUCCACACGCCCCUGCAGGUGCCCAAAGCCUGGCUCGAGAAGCUGGACUCCUUAGUUUCUGCAGCAGGCGGCAAGCCGAUUGACAGUGAGAACAGGCGCCUCUAUGCCGCUAUGACCCUCUACAUGGAUGCCGCCAUCGGCGAGGCUGUCGAUGCACUGAAGCAGAAGAAGAUGUACGACAACACGCUGAUCAUUUUCACCUCGGACAAUGGUGGCCCCAUCUACGAGCCCGGCGCUGCUUCCAACCAUCCUUUGCUAGGUGGCAAGUACACCGAUUGGGAGGGUGGUGUGCGCACAAAUGCUUGGGUUUCUGGUGGAUUUGUGCCUGAGAACAGGCGUGGGGCAAAAUACAACGGCAUCAUCAAUGUCGCUGACUGGUAUGGUACACUCACGCAGUUGGCGGGCGUUGAUAUGACGGAUCACAAAUCCGACAAGGCCAAUCAAUUCCUAAAGGAGAAGGGCUUGCCGCUGCUUCAUCCAGUUGAGAGCAUGCCGCAAUGGGGCAACAUCGUCAAUGACAAGCCUGGUCGCACAGGGCCGAUGCAUCUCAGCUCUCAGGCUGUGCUGCGGUGGCCCUUCAAACUGGUGACAGGCAAGCAGGUGAUGAGCACCUGGCAGGGGCCGCUUUAUCCGAACUGCUCUACGGUGCACUCGCUCAAGAACCGAAACGGGCCGCUGCCGCCACAACAAGAUGUGAAGGUUUUUGGAGAGCCCAUGCCGGUUGCCGAAUCGCAGGCCGAAAUCGACAGACAGACCUGGACGAUCGACUGCGGGGCAGGCUGCCUAGUGAACGUCGAGGACGAUCCGACGGAGCACAUUAACCUUGCACACGAUCCCAAGUACGCCGGAACUCUCAAGUCUUUGCAAGAGACGCUGGAAGCCUUGAACAAGGACCUCUUCAAUCCCGAUCGCGGCCUCGAUCGCAUCGAGGCCUGUGAGGUAGCCAUUGAGCAGAGCCGGACCUUUGGACCAUUCGUCGAAUCCAAGGAGUUCUACAGCCCUGCGCCACCGAAGACUUUGUUGGAGCAGGUAGAAGAUGCCGCCCUUACAGCAGUGCUCCGCAAAGCCAACAGCCCGAUGGGAAAGACCCUUGCUGUUUCGGCCAUACAGACGAUCGCACCGAGAGUGUUUGCAAAUUCGAACUUCGACCAGUGCCGAGCUACUGAGACUGAGCAGAGCGAGCAGAGCUUCCUCUCUGACAUCUUCACUGUGCGAGAGCAGCAGAAGAAGUGGGAGGAGCUCAAGCUUCAGCAGCAAAAGAAGCAGGAGGAGCUGGAAGCCAAUGCUCGGGCUGCCAUUUCCGAGCUUCAGAACAUGGUUUCAACAGCGGAGGCUUCAGCGGAAGGAGCGCACUACACUGCUGCCCCUUUCGCUGGCGACCACGAGAUGGAGGUGGUGGAGGUCCUGAAGCUGUGCAAGAAGGUGGAACGAACAGGCAAGUCGGCGAUGGCCGCGUGCCAAUCGUGCGUGGACACCUUGGGCAGCAAGAAAGCCUCCAUCGAGGAGGCCGAGAACAUCCGAGUUGAGACUUCGGCAGCCAUCUCGGCCUUGCAGCCACGGAUCCAGGCCGCCACGAGGCUCGUCACCGAUGCAUUAAACAAAGCCAAGGAAAACAGAGACAGGAUUGCCAAGCGCAUCGCGACGGCCAAGCGCACCGAGAAGAAGACAGCCCUUUUUAGCAAGUACGACCAGGCCAACAUGCGGCUGCUUGAUCUUUGCAGCACUGUCCGCCCACGACGCUUCCCGCAAUUGCAGCAUGAGCCGGUUGCUGCUUCGCAACGUUGGUGUUUGGCUCCAGCGAUAGUCACGGAGUCUACUGUGCCGGGUCAGCUUCGCAAACGCACCAUGCCUCCUCAAAGACUUCCGCGUGGCAUUCUGCCCGACGGCAUUGAUGUUCCAGAAGGGACGGACAUCAUGCAGUUUUGCCGGGACUUGGCCGAGAGUGGAGCUGAGUUUGCCGAGCAGUUUGACCGAAGCAACCCGAAGUUCCACAACGGAAAUUCCACAGCCGUGCCUCUCGGUGGUGCCCGGGUUCCAGACUCCUUGGCUGCCUCCAUGGCACAGGCAGAAUCGAAGAACUGGCGUGACUUGCCGGAUGCGCCCUUGAGCUUGGAGGAUGAUUAUGGUCCGGAGCACAAGAUGCUCAUGGACGCACAUAAAACCCUCAACGACUGCAAGAAGGCGAUUGCAGUCGUCAACAAGCCAGUGGAGAUUGCCAUGAGAUUGCGGUGUCAGUACAGCGAUGCCGAGGGUGAUGACAAGGUGGCCUACGAGAGCAGGCUAAAAGGUGCGGAGAACGACAGAGACGGAGCUCUGGAUGCUGCUACAGUCACGAUUCUCGGCAUGAGCUCAGAUGUGAUUUCUGAUCGCUGCCGAAAGUGCGUCGAGGAUGUGGUUGCCAAGGGUAAGUUCGAGUUUGUCGACAAAGAGACGUAUGGUGAAUACAUUCAGGUGCUCAAGAGAGCAAAUCAGGAGAUUUUCAUGGAUCAGAAGAGACUUCUGCAAAGGAUCAAGGAUGUGAAGAAAGCGUUCAAGGAGCAGAGCAAUGCUCGAGCGGAGAUCCAGGAGGAGCCCGGCAAUGCCCAGGAAGGGGCAGAGGGCGGUAUGGCCGAGUCCGCAAGACGCGUGACAUCUGUGCAGGGGCUUGAAAACGAGCAGAUGCAGAUGGCCGGUGGAAUCGAGCAGAAAUCUCGGCUUAUGCGAAGGGUGAGUUCAGCUUCGACCUUCCCUCAGAAAAUCUUGACCGAAUUAUGCGGCAAAUCUGUGGACAGUCAGAAGAAGGCCUGGAAAUUCCGAAGCCGCAUAGCAAUCGAAUCCAUGCAGCUGGUCAAAGUUGCUGUCGGCAUUGCAAGGGAAGAGGAGAAAAGCAAGGCGAAGCGUGAGCUUCGCCUGGAGCGUGAGCGGAAAGAGCGUGAGGAGCGAGAGCAGAAGGAGGCGGAAAUCCGCGCGCGCCAUGCGGCGCAUUCUUCGGCUUGCCAGGCCUUCAAUCUGACUGCCCUCAUGGCUGAGCUCCAGGAGCUCGAGCCCACCAUCGCCUCCGCGGAAUCCAUGUCCGAGGCCAUGGUGGAGGAGGCGAAUGCUGGAAAAAUCCGCGAGGCUCAGGAAGCCAAGCAGAGGCUUCAGGUCAUCGAGACCGCAGUACAAGCCACGCACAGCGCAAUCGCCGCAGUGCAGCUGAAAGCGCAGGAGCUCAGCACCAAGGUAGCCGAGGAUGCUGAGAUGGUGGAGCACAUGGCCCCGGAGCUGGCAGUCACACCGGCAUUGGCAGCGAAGACCGAGAGCCAAGAUCUGGCACUUCGAAAGGCCUUGGCUUCCGCUGGCCAGGCUCGCCAACUGGCACUGCACCGCGCUUUCGCAUUGUAUGAGGGCCUUCGAAUGGAGGUGGCUGCUAAACUGCGAGUCUGCAUCGAGACGCAGGGUGGGAAGCCCGACGACCUCUAUGACGCAGUGAAGUCGGCUGGUGGCGGCACGAUUACCAAAAGCGCCAUCAAGGCUUACCUUGAGGCCAAUCAGUCCGUGAUCGAGGAGGCGCACCUGGAUGCCAUGUUCCCCAGCGGCCCCGGUGGCUCUGAGCCCUCCGAGUCCAAGGAGGCUCAGGGCGAUGGCCAGGAAGAGUCUCAACAGCCUGAGAUCAGCAAGGAGGAUUUCAUGCACGUGAUCCGGAUCUUCUACAAGGUGGUGAAGGAGAUCGUGCUCUCUGACAACCUGCUUAUUGAGCAGAGCGAGCAGCUGAGACGGAUGGACGUCGGCGAAGUCAUGGAGGUUUUCCAAGGUCCGAUGCUGGAUCCAUCUGUGGGGGUCUAUCGGAUUCAUGGCAAAGCUCUGCGCGACGGCAUCACUGGCUGGGUGACGGCGCCCGAUUUUCAGGCGCCUGUGGAGUUUGAGAUGGCCCAGUCGUGGAGCAUCCUCCCUCGAAUGGCCAAGUUUUUGCUGUCUGGGUCGUUUCGAAUCGCAGGGUAG